AAAACCUAGUUUUGUCCAAAAACCCAAAGGCCACUCUCCUCUCCCUUUCCCUUCCCCCCUUCCUCCUCCACCUUCGCUUUCCACCGUUUCGUCGAACACCUUCUCCGAUCGCGCGCCGCCGGCCAUGGGGGAGGCCUCCGAGUACGAAGGCGUCGAUGUGGCGGCUGUCUCCUCGAGGCUGCUGGAGCUGGCGGCCGACGACGACGCGGAGGCGCUCGGGUGCCUCCUCGCGGUGCACCCGUGCCUCGCCGACGAGCCCGCGCCGUGGUACUCCUCGGCGCGGGGCGCGGAGCCCAUGACGCCGCUCAUGGUCGCCGCCGCCUACGGAUCCGUGGCCUGCCUCGACGCCCUCCUGUCUCCGCCCCACCUCGCCGACCCCAACCGCGCCUCCGCGUCGUCCCUCUCCACCCCGCUCCACCUCGCCGCUGCAGGCGGCGCUCCAUCGGCGCCCACAGCUGUGUCCCGCCUCCUAGCUUCCGGCGCGGAUCCCACGCUUCUCGACCAUCUCCACCGCCGGCCGUCGGACCUCGUCGCGCUGCCGCCCAACUCGCUGCCGCUGAAGAACCACCUCCUCUCCCUCCUUGGUGCCCGCAAGGAGUGGCCGCCGGACCCCUCCCUCCCGGACAUCAAGAACGGCGCCUACGCCUCCGACGACUUCCGCAUGUACUCCUUCAAGGUCCGCGCGUGCUCGAGGGCCUAUUCCCACGACUGGACGGAGUGCCCCUUCGUCCAUCCCGGCGAGAACGCGCGGCGGAGGGACCCCAGGAAGUACCACUACAGCUGCGUUCCCUGCCCGGAGUUCAAGAAGGGCGCCGGGUGCAGGAGAGGGGACAUGUGCGAGUAUGCGCACGGGGUGUUUGAGAGCUGGCUCCACCCGGCGCAGUACCGGACGCGCCUCUGCAAGGACGGCGUCGGCUGUGCGCGCCGCGUUUGCUUCUUCGCUCACACGCCGGAGGAGCUCCGCCCGCUGUACGUUUCUACGGGCUCGGCCGUGCCGUCGCCGCGCGGGGCGAUGGAGAUGGCGGCCAUGGGGAUGGGGCUGUCCUCGCCAGGGUCUUCGUUCACACCGCCGAUGUCGCCGUCUGGAGGGGGGAGUGGCAUGUCGUGGCCUCAGCCUAACUUGCCGGCUCUGUGCCUGCCUGGCAGCGCGGGGAACCUGCACCUGAGUCGGCUACGCACCUCGCUGAGCGCAAGGGCCAUGGCUGUCGAUGAGCUGCUCGCUGCCGUGGACUAUGACAACCAUGUUGGAUCUCCUGCCUCCGUGCGGUCGGCAAGGGGGAAGGCACUUGUUCCGUCAAACCUUGAUGACCUCUUCUCUGCGGAGAUGGCUGCCUCCCACUCGCCGCGGUAUGCUGACCAGGGCGGAGCUGCACACUCACCGACGCACAGGUCUGCCUUGCUGAACCAGUUCCAGCAGCAACAGAGCUUGCUCUCACCACGGGCCAUGGCCACCCCAGAGCCGGUCUCUCCUAUGAGUUCCCGCCUUCUCGCCGCCCUUGCACAACGGGAGAAGAUGCAGCAGCAAACACUGCGGAGCAUGAGCUCACGAGACCUGGGUUCCAACGCCUCGGUCCUUGUCGGCUCACCAGUGGUGAGCUCUAGCUGGUCCAAAUGGGGUCUCCCCUCCGGCGCCCCGGACUGGGGUGCAGACAACGAUGAGCUCGGUCGCCUGAAGCGGUCAUCAUCAUUUGAUCUCCGGUCUGGAGCCAACACAGAUGAGCCAGACCUCUCAUGGGUUAACACCUUAGUAAAGGAGACCACGCCAGAGAAAUCUUUGAUCCAUGGGACCAUGGGAACAGAAUCUAUUGGCAUCUUGGGCCGAUCAGCAAACCACCGCGAGGGCAUUGAUGGUGAAGACAUUGCCAUAUUGGGUCGAUCAGCAAACCGCCGUGAGGGCAUCGAUGGUGAGGAGGACGCUGCCACUGGUGUCAUCGGCGGCUGGCUUGAACAGCUCCAGCUGGAUGAGAUGGUAGUCUAGAACAAGCAAAACACAAAUGAAACAAGUGUAGAAGGUGAUGAGAUUUCUACCAUUCAAGAGUUUGCCCACAGGUGAAAGAAAUUGAACCUAGUCAAGUGUAUCAAAGUUGCCGGCUUGCCUAGGUAAAACAUUUCUCCUUGUAUUACCUCAACUUUUCUUUCCCCUUAUUGUUUCUUUCUAAAGGUGACCUCCUCCCUGUGAGGAUUGUGAAUUAUUAUGGUAUUUAUUUGCCCCCCAUCCUUCGAUUGUGGAUCAAGGAUUAGGAGGAGAGAAGGGUCUUACUUACAUCAAACUGUUGCUCCAUGACUCAUGAUUGAUGUAAUAACCCACUGUUGUACUCAAGAAUCGUGAACAAAUGGCAUGAUUGAUGUAAAAUGCCCCAUUGUUGUCCUCAAAAUUAAUUUCUGCCAUUGUUCCUUUUU